GGGAGAGAGGACCUGACAAGCCCCGAAAGCCUUCAGCUGCCAUGGCCUUGAAACCCGAAGACCCCAGUGGUGGGUUCCAGCAUGGCAACGUGAUAGCUUUCAUCAAUGAGAAGAUGGCCGGGCACACGAAAGGCCCCGAGUUCUACCUCGAGAAUAUAUCUCAGUCCUGGGAGGAGGUGGAGAACAAGUUCAAGGCCAUCCUGGAGGACAGCGCAGUGUCCAGCGAGGCCAAAGACGCCUGUGCCUGGAGCAGCCUGGCCCUGGGAGUGCGCUUUGCCCGCAGGCAGGGCCAGUUACAUGGGCACAGGGUGCACUGGCUGCAGGACUUCGCCAAACUGCAUAAGUCUGCUGCACAGACCUUGGCCUCAGACCUUAAGGAGCUCACAGCACAGCAGGAGAUGGAGCGCAGGGAGGCAGCCUUUCGUCUGCAGCAGACACAGGCAAAGUUGACGGAGAUACGGAAGGAAAGGGACCAGGAGCUGGAGUCUUCCCGGGAGCGGAUGCAGGUUGCAGAGGAGCCAGGCUUGGCCACUGCCAGUGAGGCUGGGACAGAAGGAGCAGGUGAGGAGGAAAAGGCGGGGUCUGCCGGUACUUCUGCUACUGCUGCUGGUGCCACAGGAAGAGGAAGAAGACAGAAAGAUGCAGAAGGGGCAGAGGCCACAAACAACCCAGAUGGAGGCCUCGUGCACGUUCCUGGAGCAGAGCAGAAAAGUUACACCUCUGGUGGGCAGAGGGAGGGAGAUGUCAGGUCAUUGGAUACAGCCAUGUUGCAUUUCUCUGGGACAAUGAAGCCGGGGGCCACAGCCACACCAUCACCCCUGCCUGUACAGCUCCCUGCCUCGUUCACAUACUCCUAUGACUGCCCCCUUUCCCCCUUCCCGCCUGUGCCCACACCAACCCCACCAGCAAUAUUGUUUACCCCAGGAGCUCCAUCUCAGAUGUCUCCCCACUGGAGGCCCUCUGAUGUUAACUUGUGGUCUUAUGUGGGGUCUCAGGGAACAAGCCCUCAAGAAUCCCAAAGAGAGAGGGUAGACUCUGAUGUCCUUCAGCAAAGACCUCCCAUAUUUCGUAGACCAGGGGAUUGGGACUGCCCUUGGUGUAAAGCUGUGAAUUUUUCACGGAGGGAAACUUGCUUCCGCUGUGGGAGGGGAAUCUGGCUGCAAAACCCUCAGUGA